AUGGCGACCAGCAUUGACAAACCUGCGCCGAAGGACAUGUCCCAUCUCUAUUCGCGGGUCACCAAGCGUCGACUUCCCAACCCAGGAUACUUUCCGUAUGACACGCUGGAAGCAUCCACGGCGCUCCCCGAUCGGUUCAAGCCCACGCCCAACAGGCCUGUCGAUCCCCCCGCGUCUGAGACUGCAAAGAUAUGUCUCUCAGAAGCUCCAACAGCCUCGCGCGUUCUUGUUCCCCACGAUUCCGCCGAACCAAACCUCCUGCGCAAGAUCGACCUGACCACCGCUCUGCAAUAUGGCACCGCUCAGGGAUACCCGCCCCUCUACAGUUUCAUACGAGCCUUUGCACGCACAAAUCUCCAUCCCAAUGUGCCUUACAAGGACGGACCAGACGUGAUUUUGACCUGUGGCUCUACUGAUGGAUUUUCGAAGGCGCUUGAAUGCUUCAGCAACAUCUGGGACGAGGAAAGAGAUUGGAUUCGAGAACGUGAGGGCAUACUAUGCGAAGAGUUUGCGUACAUGAAUGCCAUUCAAGCCGCUCGGCCUCGAGGGCUCAAUGUGGUCCCAGUGGCCAUGGACGACGAAGGAAUGGUUGCGUAUGGCAAGGGAGGACUGCAGGAAGUCCUGGUGAACUGGGACAAAAACAAGGGCAAGAGACCACAUUUGAUGUAUACAGUGACAAUGGGCCAAAACCCAACCUCUGGAUUACUGUCACUAAAAAGGCGGAAAGAAAUCUAUGGCCUGUGUUCAAAAUACGACAUCAUCAUCAUCGAAGACGAUCCGUACUGGUACCUGCAAUAUCCUUCGGCAAAUGAGCUGUCCAUGAGAAACAGAGGUCAACUUGUCUCGGAGAACUUCCCCUCGGACAGCUCAUACAACUACAACACCGCCUCCGGUGGCAAAUCCAGUGGCUUUCCGUUCUUGGAUAGUCUUGUCCCUUCAUACCUCUCGGUUGAUGUGGAUGGAAGAGUCGUCCGACUAGAUACUUUCAGCAAGACAGUUGCUCCGGGCUGUCGGUUAGGCUGGAUCACAGCCCAGCCUGAAGUGAUUGAGAGAAUCCUGCGUAUCACCGAGACAAGCACCCAGCAACCCAGCGGAUUCGUUCAGAGUAUGAUUGCGGAACUCAUCAUCGGACCCUCCCACGACGGCGAUCCCGGUAAAGGAGGUAGCAAGGAUGGUAGGGGAUGGAAGGCGGACGGCUGGGUUCGAUGGCUCGAAGGCUUACGGGGCAAUUACGAACGACGAAUGCAGAUUAUGGCGUCGACUCUGGAAGAGGGGAAAUAUCUGAUUCAAGAGUCAAAGCCGAAAUCAAACGCCUUUGCGCCUGAUGACCUUGAAUACGAAGUGGUCCACAAGACGCAGCUAUACGAUUUUGAUUACCCUAUGGCUGGCAUGUUCCUUUGGUUGCAUGCACGAUUUGAAACACAUCCUCUCUUCAACGAGGUCGACCAUCAACGACUUUCCCAAGCGCUUUGGGUGUGGCUUACGACCGAGCCGUACCUUGUUCUGCUGGCCCCUGGAAGCAUGUUUUGCCCUACGCCCGAAAUCAGAGAGGAGAAAGGUUGGCAAUACUACCGACUCUGCUUUGCCGCGGUGGAUGAUGAUGUGGUGCGCAAGCAUACCGAAAACAUUGUGGUAGCAUUCCGGGAUUUCUGGGUCAUCGACGAUGUCAAGGUGAUUGACAAGCUUCUGGAAGAUGACGAGGAUGUACAGAGGAGAUUCGCUGAACUGGCGAUGCAAAACCAGGGGGCAUUUGCGGUGAAUCCGAUCAUGUGUUGA